AUGGCUCACGCCGCGGCCCUCACGAACACGCCGGCUUCGACGGGACCGGCCUACGUCAACAUGCCCCCUGUCGCUUCGGCGCCGCCGGCGGGACCCGGUUCGUACGUCGUCGACGGCACGCCCGUCGUCCAGGCGACGAUCGUGCAAGCCGCGCCGGUGCAAUCGGUGCCCGUGGCUGACCCGCCGCCGACGUAUCUGCCGCCGCAGUGGGAGGAGCGGAUCGCGCCCGACGGGCGGCCCUACUACGUCAACCACCAGACGCAGACGACCCAGUGGCAUCCCCCCUGA